AUGCAUUUAGGAGCCCACAGGACAAGGCGUGGACAGGUCUCCCACACGGCAAAAUCGAAACUGCUUCUUCAUUUUAUUGUACUAUGUGUGUCUGGGGGUGCUGCUCAUGCACAAGGAGGCAUAGAUAUUCUUCAUCAACUAGGCCUUGGAGGCAAAGAUAUAAGACACUCUUCAUCAGUGACUGCUGUACCACCAUCAUCUAUACCAUUACCUCAGGGGGUCCAUGUAACAGAAUUUGGUGUCAUUUUAACAAACAAUUCCUGUAUUGAAUCACCUCUUGUGAAAAUUUUACCAGUCAAUUUAGAGCAGCCAUUUACAAUAUUAAUUGGGUUACAGUCAUAUAGAGUAAACAAUGCAUUUCUCUUCAGCAUUAGAAGUAAAAAUAGACUGCAAUUAGGAGUACAGUUAUUGCCUAAAAAGUUAGUGGUGUACCUUGGAGGAAAGCAGUCUGUCUUUUUCAACUACAGCGUUCACGAUGCACGGUGGCACUCAUUUGCCAUUGCAGUUAGCAACCAAGUUGUCUCAAUGUUUGUUGAAUGUGGAAAGAAAUAUUUUAGCAGAGAGACUCUUUCGGAAGUUCAGACCUUUGAUUCUAACAGUGUGUUUACCUUGGGAAGUACGAAUAAUAAUUCUGUCCAUUUUGAAGGAGUAGUGUGUCAGUUGGAUAUUAUUCCUUCUGCAGAAGCAUCUGCAAACUAUUGCAGAUAUGUGAAACAGCAGUGUCGCCCUGAGACAAGUCUUCCUCAUGCAACUAUUGCAUCAACUAAGAUACCGGAAAACUCUCUCCUGCCCAAAAGAUUGGGUGAAAAAGUACUGUCGCAGGACACACUUACUGAAAACAAAAGUGUUCUAGAUUUCCCAAAUAAAGAUUCUGUGGCAGUGAAUAAACAACAAAAACACCAGAUAUCAAGACCUCAGUUAACUUCUCUUCAUUCAGGGAAUAUCUCUGCUAUGGAUCUUGUGAACCGUGUGAUUCAGACCAAAGAAUUGAUCACUAAGCAACUUACUCAGGCAAAUUUAAGCCUGCCAAUGUCCCAUCAUAGCCUCAAUGAGCCAAGGAAAAAAAACAAGGAUAAAUUUAUUUCUCUUCUAAAUGUCUCGGACAAUAUCACACAACAUAAUGAUAAAGUAACUGGUCUGUCACCACUUAAGAAGAUAUCAUCUAGUCUUCCACAUAUAAAACAAGAUACAAUUAAGAAUCUCAAGAAGGCUAUCACAGCAAAUCUGCACACUAAUGAACUUAUAGAACUGCAGCAGAUUUUAAACACAACCUUAUACAGAGUGACAGAUGAGCCAUCUGUGGAUAAUCACCUUGAUCUAAGGAAGGAAGGUGAAUUUGAUCCUGAUGCUACUUAUCCCAUCGAAAAUAGCUAUGAAACUGAGCUUUAUGAUUAUUAUUAUUAUGAGGAUCUUAAUACAGUGCUCGAAACGGAGAAUCUAAGAGGGCCAAAAGGGGACACUGGACCUCCCGGUCCCCCUGGCCCAGCAGGCAUCCCAGGUCCAUCAGGAAAGAGAGGUCCACGGGGCAUACCAGGGCCACAUGGAAAUCCUGGAUUACCUGGAUUACCAGGUCCAAAGGGCCCUAAAGGAGAUCCAGGUUUUUCCCCAGGUCAAGCUCUUUCUGGAGAAAAGGGUGAUCAAGGUCUUUCUGGAUUAAUGGGGCCCCCUGGUAUGCAAGGUGUUAAGGGUCUCAAAGGGCAUCCAGGACUCCCAGGACUCCAAGGGGAACAAGGAAUUCCAGGAUUCACUGGUAAUAUUGGUUCACGUGGUUAUCCUGGCAGGCAGGGUUUAGCUGGACCAGAUGGUAAUCCAGGACCUAAAGGUGUACGAGGUUUCAUUGGCUCUCCUGGAGAAGUAGGACAACUGGGACCUGAAGGAGAAAGAGGUGUUCCUGGGAUCCGUGGAAAGAGGGGGCUUAAGGGAAGACAGGGUUUUCCAGGUGACUUUGGAGACAGAGGCCCUGCGGGUCCUGAUGGCAGUCCUGGACUUAUAGGUAGCAUUGGUCCUCCAGGAUUUCCUGGGCUUCGAGGCAGUGUUGGCCCUGUGGGGCCAAUUGGACCUUCUGGAAUCCCUGGCCCCGUGGGUCUUUCGGGCAAUAAGGGCCUACCUGGAAUCAAAGGUGAUAAGGGUGAACAAGGCAUUGCAGGAGAGCUAGGAGAAACAGGGUAUACUGGAGACAAGGGUGCUGUGGGUUUUCCUGGACCACCAGGGAUGAGAGGAAAGCCAGGACCUUCAGGCCAAACAGGUGACCCAGGACCCCAAGGGCCAUCUGGCCCUCCAGGACCAGAGGGUUUUCCUGGAGAUAUUGGGAUUCCUGGACAAAAUGGACCUGAAGGAGCAAAGGGAUUCAUUGGAAACAGAGGGCCUUCCGGACCUCCUGGUCUCAAAGGAACUCAGGGAGAAGAAGGACCAACUGGAUCCUUUGGAGAACUGGGGCCAAGAGGAAAACCAGGUCCAAAGGGGUAUGUCGGUGAACCAGGACCAGAAGGCUUGAAGGGAGAAGUAGGAGAGCAAGGAAACAUUGGGAAGAUUGGUGAAACAGGACCUGUUGGUUUACCUGGAGAAGUUGGGGUGACUGGAAGCAUUGGUGAAAAGGGAGAGCGUGGAAGUCCAGGUCCAGUAGGUCCCCAGGGGGAAAAGGGUGCAAUGGGAUAUCCAGGUCCUCCUGGGGCUCCGGGACCCAUGGGUGCCCUGGGAUUACCUGGUCAUGUGGGGGCAAGAGGACCUCCUGGGAUUCCAGGUCCUAAAGGACGAAGAGGACCAAGAGGACCAGAUGGUCCCUUAGGAGAGCCAGGUAUACAAGGUACCAAGGGUGAAAUAGGAGAUCAAGGAAAAAGAGGACCUCAUGGUCUUAUUGGUAAGACUGGAAACCCUGGAGAGAGAGGAGUUCAAGGAAAACCAGGUUUACAAGGACCCCCAGGGAGUGCUGGAGACAGGGGACUUCCAGGAGAACCGGGACCACGAGGACCACAAGGUGAUGCUGGGCCUCCUGGAGAAAUGGGUGCUGAGGGACCUCCAGGUACUGAAGGGGAAUCUGGUCUUCUAGGCGAGCCAGGCACAAAGGGAGAUGUUGGACCUGCGGGCAGUGUUGGAGCUGCUGGGGAGCCAGGGUUACGGGGUGAACCAGGAGCUCCUGGAGAAGAAGGUCUCCAGGGUAAAGAUGGAUUGAAGGGGAACCCAGGAGGAAGGGGACUUCCUGGAGAGGAUGGAGAAAAAGGAGAGACAGGCUUACCAGGGACCACAGGGCCUUUGGGUGGAUCAGGUCUGAUGGGCCCUCCGGGACCUGAAGGAAUUACAGGAAUUCCAGGACAAAGAGGUCGUCCAGGAAAGAAGGGCGAUAAAGGACAGAUGGGGCCUGCAGGAGAAACUGGAAACAGAGGCGCUCCUGGACAAACUGGGGAAAGUGGUCUGAAGGGUGCCAGAGGAACUCGAGGUGCUGCGGGACAUUUAGGAUUAAUGGGACCUGCUGGAGAACCUGGAAUUCUAGGAUAUAGGGGCCAUGAAGGUCAACCAGGACUUUCUGGGUUGCCAGGACCUAAAGGAGAAAAGGGUUAUCCAGGAGAAGAUAAUACAAUCCUAGGACCACCUGGGCCUCGAGGUGAACCAGGUCCAAUGGGAGAACAAGGAGAGAGAGGAGAGCCUGGAGCAGAGGGAUAUAAGGGCCAUGUGGGUAUACCAGGACCAAGAGGUGCCACUGGACAGCAAGGGCCCCCAGGUGAGCCAGGUGACCAGGGUGAACAAGGACUAAAAGGAGAGAGAGGAUCUGAAGGUCCUAAAGGGAAAAGAGGAGCUCCUGGUCCUCCUGGGAAACCUGGGAUUCCUGGACUUCCAGGACUACCUGGGCCAAAAGGCGUGCAAGGAUACCAUGGAGCAGAAGGCAUUUCAGGAAACCCUGGAAAAAUUGGGCUACCAGGAAAACACGGACUUCCUGGCAUCAGAGGCAGCCCAGGAAGAACAGGACUGACUGGGUCUCUAGGUCCUCAAGGAGCAAAGGGUUCGUCAGGCCCACCAGGAAGCCCGGGAGUUCAAGGCCCGAAGGGUGAACAAGGGCUGCCUGGUCAACCUGGAAUUCCAGGUAAAAGAGGUUACCAAGGGGCACAAGGUGAUCAAGGACCAUGUGGAGAGUCUGGCAUGAAAGGGCAACCUGGAGAACAUGGUAUUCAAGGUUUGACGGGUUUCCAAGGAUUCCCAGGUCCCAAAGGUCCCGAGGGAGAUGCUGGCAUUGUUGGAAUAUCAGGUCCUAAAGGCCCUGUUGGACAGAGGGGAAACACUGGCCCCUUUGGCAAAGAAGGUAUAAUAGGUCCAACAGGUAGAACUGGACCCAGAGGUGAAAAAGGCUUUAGAGGCGAAACUGGUCCCCAAGGACCAAGAGGUCAACCAGGGCCUCCAGGUCCACCUGGAGCACCGGGCCCAAGAAAACAAAUGGAUAUCAAUGCUGCUAUUCAAGCCUUGAUUGAAUCACAUACUGCCCUACAGAUGGAGAGCUACCAGAAUACUGAAGUGACUUUAAUUGACCACAGUGCAGAGAUCUUCAAAACCUUGAACUAUCUUAGCAAUUUACUACACAGCAUCAAGCAUCCUCUUGGCACACGAGAUAAUCCAGCACAAAUCUGCAAAGAUUUGCUUAACUGUGAACACAAAGUAUCAGACGGAAAAUACUGGAUUGAUCCAAAUCUUGGAUGCCCUUCAGAUGCCAUUGAGGUUUUCUGCAAUUUCAGUGCUGGGGGUCAGACAUGUUUAUCUCCUGCCUCUGUGACAAAGUUGGAGUUUGGAAUCGGGAAAGUCCAGAUGAACUUCCUUCAUUUACUGAGCUCAGAAGCCACCCAUAUCAUCACCAUUCAUUGUCUAAACACUCCAGUGUGGACAAGUCCUCAAACAAGUGGCUCAGGAUUGACUCUUGGUUUCAAGGGAUGGAAUGGUCAGAUUUUUGAAGAAAACACUCUACUUGAACCUAAAGUGCUUUCAAAUGACUGCAAGAUUCAAGAUGGCAGCUGGCAUAAGGCAAAAUUCCUUUUUCACACCCAGGACCCUAAUCAACUUCCAGUAAUAGAAGUACAAAAACUUCCUCAUCUCAAAAGUGAACGGAAGUACUACAUUGAAAGCAGUUCUGUGUGCUUUCUCUAA